CCUGACGUUUCCAGGAUUCGGAUGGGACCUCAGAGACGUUCUCUCAAGCGAACGUCUCUCCGACGUUCGACGAGGAGAUCGCUGACAUCACAGACAACAGCUCUACGGACUUACGUUGAGGAACGCGAAACUCCGUCAGCAACAUGCAUCGAGCUCGCCAAGGGUCGAAUGGCGGUCGCCGUUCGCGUUCGUCCCAUGUCCGCCCAGGAAUCAGAUCAGAAAAGAGUGGUUUGCGCGCUGGAUGAGAAAUGUCUCAUCUUCGAUCCGAAGAGAGAGUUCGAGGACAGUGAACGUCAACCAAGGGUCCAGGGUUCGAAAAUCGUCUCGAGCGCUGAGAAGAACAUGGAGUUCGCUUACGAUAGGGUUUUCGAUGAAACCUGUGACAACCGCAAGGUUUAUGAUGACACCGUGGUCCCGCUCUUGAACUCGUUCCUCGAGGGUUACAAUUGCUCCGUAUUUGCCUACGGAGCCACUGGUUCGGGCAAAACCCACACGAUGAUGGGCCAUGAUUCCGACCGAGGAAUAAUCUCUCUGACCAUGGAGAAACUCUUCGCGCAAUUGGAAAAACUUGAAAGCGACCAUGUGAUCGAUAUUCAGGCUUCCUAUUUUGAAAUAUACAAUGAAAACAUCUUGGACCUUCUCAGACCUGGCAAAAGCGAAGGGAAAGCUCUCGAGAUACGAGAAAUCGGGAAAAACGUGCUAAUAAGUGGAUUGUCAUACCACGCGGUGACGACUAUGGAGCAAAUCUUUGAUUUGAUUGAGGAGGGAAGCAGGAGACGGAGUCAGUCAGAAACCCAGGCGAACUCCAAAUCGUCUCGUUCGCACGCAAUUUUCCAAAUAAAUCUCAAGAUGACGAACAGGUCGACGCGAACACUCCAGGAGAGUAAGAUGUCAUUGAUUGAUCUCGCCGGGAGCGAACGUGCCGCAGGAGUGAAUAAAGAUAAAAAUAGACUGAAGGAAGGAACGAACAUAAAUAAAAGUUUGCUCGCACUCGGGAACUGCAUCAACGCCUUAGCCGAGAACAAGAAAGCUCAUGUGCCUUACAGAGAUUCGAAAUUGACGAGAAUCCUCAAGGAUUCGUUGGGAGGGACGGCUGCUACCCUCAUGAUCGCGAACAUCAGUCCAGCGCAGAGUUCAUAUGAGACUACACAUAAGACAUUGCUGUAUUCGCAACGUGCUCGACGCAUCCAGACUCGCACAGCGAAAAACCAGAGCCGGGUAGCUCUCGGUGGUGUCACCAACUACAUGACUCUAGUGAAUAAUAUGAGUCGCCAAUUAGAACACGCAGAAACAUGUCUGAAGGCCGAGAAGGAAAAGUCGACAAAACUUCAAGCGGAAGUGGACACCUUGCGAAAAGAGCUUGAAAACGCAAAAGAGGGUCUGUCUCAAGCUGCGCACGGGAGAUCAUCCCCAACCCUCGUACAAGUGACGCCAAUCCAGAACGGUGUCGACCGGCAGACGGAAGAAAUUUUCCGUCAAUACAGCCGCACACGGAACCGCGAAAUUGUGGCCCUCGUUGCGUUGAAAGAAGCGCAAUUCGCACGAAUAAUUGGAGCACCGACGGACGAUGAUCUCGAACAGCUGCUCUCCAACGUGAAGAACGAAACCGCGAGGAAACACCACAUCGAGAGGUUGAUCAACGACGCGAGAACGAAGUUCCCGCCGGACGCGUUGGCUGCCCUCUCGAGUCAGCACUUACACGACACCACACAAAGAGAAAUCCAGGAGAGCCAGGCAUUGUCAGCCCGUAUCCUGCAGAAGACGCUGAAGGGUGGAGCGAAUCACAUCUUGUCCCUGACGCGUUUUCUUAGUCUGGACAACACUGAAGAGCCGGACGUCAAGUGUCCAGAGCCGACCAUCUCGACGCCGAUGACGCCGAUCGAGAACGGAGGACUCAAUCAGACAUUCAGCAAGUUUGUGACGCCUCCUCUCCCCAUGCCGCGAUCGAUCCUGAAGAACACCAUCACCAAGCAAGUCUCCGUGAGCACGAUCCCUUCGAGCGCCGACACGAUUCACUCGCACCGGGACUCCAAAGUUCGGCGAAAUCUGAUGCGCUCGCAGAGCUCGCGUGCCCUGACCGAAAAAGCCGCCACGAUUGGUGGGAAACUGGCCAGUUUCAAGCGACCGACUUGGAAAUGA